AAGCUCGCAAGCUCCUUUUUAAUUUUUUCAGCAGCGAGGCUUCCCUGGGGACCAGCAUAUCAUUACCUGUUUAAAAUUUCAUGCGCUGCGUGAUAUUUCGUGUCUCAACACUUAUACCUAACAUCUGGAGAUUGGUCUCCGUGGCACAUAUUGUAGGUUGGAGGAGCGAACCGACAUGAAUUUCGAGAAGUUCUAUCGCAUCUUAAUUUUUCUUGGUUUGAUUGAGUUCUUCCUUCAACUAUCCAUCGGGGAGUUGAAUGAAGAGAGAGAAGCGUCCAUCCUCGGGAUGAUGUUAGAAAAACACAUCUUCAGGAAGAUUACCGGAGCUGUUUUCGGUGAUGUGUGUUUGCGGGAUUGUUAUCGCGACGUCAGAUGUCAAAGCUUUAACUACGUCUUCACCCAAGAUAUGUGUGAAUUAAGCAACCGCACAAAAGAGGCUAGACCUGAAGAUUUUAUACCAAACUCUGAGAGGUACUAUUUCAGGCGAGACAAGAAUAGAGUCUCUCUCGGUUCCAUACCUGAUCUGCCCGCAAAAUCAUGUAGGGAAAUUAAUAAGAGUGAAGAAGGAACAGCAGUCAGCGGCAAAUACUGGUUGGAUUUCAGCAUACUCGAGAUACCUGUGUUGGCUUAUUGUCACAUGGAGACCGAAGUUCGAGUCCAGUCAUUUGUGACCGUUUCAAGUUCAUGCGCCAACUCUUCGACUGUUCUUUCCGGUUCGAGUGGCAUACUGUAUUCAAACAAAGCUCAGCACUACUCUAACCAUAUGAAUUGCAGUUGGAGUCUCCUUUCGGACAACAACAUUAUGCUUACAUUCUUCAAAUUCGACACUGAGUGGCGGUACGACUUCGUAAACGUGUACGAUGGCAGAUCUACAUCAUCUCCAUUGAUUGGGCGAUAUCAUGGAACCUCUCUGCCCCCAGUCGUUACAAGUUCAUCAAACCAACUCUUCAUCACUUUUACAAGUGACGUCAGCGUCAGGAAACCAGGGUUUAGGGCAAGUUACCGUGUUGUAAACGAGAUCCGCCUUAUUGGUAACACGUCAUUAACUGGGAGCGUGGAAGUUUUCGCUGACGGCCAAUGGGGAACAAUCUGUGAAGACGGCUGGGACAUUAACGACGCUCACGUGAUCUGCAGACAGCUUGGUUUCCCUUCAGCCAUUAAAGCCUUUAGCAGCGCCACGCAUGGUCAAGGAUCAGGUCAGAUAUGGAUUCAUAGUUUGGAAUGCACAGGGAAUGAAUCUCAUAUCUACGAGUGCAGCCAUAACGAUUACAAUUGUGAUCACUCUGGGGAUGCCAGCGUAGAGUGUUCCUCUAUCAUUCCUUGAUGGCAUGAGUUGCACUGACACAUAAUACUAAAGGGCUACAUAAUAGAAAGUCCUCAGUAGAUAGGAGGUUAGCCUUUGUCUUUAGAGAUUUAGCAAUAUCAUUAUGUGGAACACAUUUUAAAUCGGAAAAAAUUGAACAUUUGCAGGAUGAUUCCAAUAUGAACGAACUUUCU